AUGGCGCUGACACGCCUGCGGGGCGAGCAGCUCGACGGCUGGCUGCAAAGAUCGGCCGAAGUCAGCGGCGAAAGCUCCCAAAGGCCAUGGACGGACGCGCUGCGUGGUGGCUGCAUCCUGGCCAGGCACUUGCUGCAGCAGCUUGGCCCGACGCUUCAGAGCUUGGCUCCUUUGGCAUGGCAUCGCGACGUCAACUCCCACAACGUUCUCAUUUGCAACGAGAGCUCGGAGGACGGAACUUUGAGCUUGGAUGAUGGGGAGGACAAGGCCUCCUUCUGGCUCUGCGAUCUGGGGCUGGCCGUCGACUCGCAAAGCUGGACUGGGGAGGAGAACCUCUGGCGAGUGACAGACAUAGGCGGAGAUUGCAGAUACUGGCCGGCCUCCUGCUGGAUGGUCCACUGCUUCGGCGCCGACUACCUGGAACAGCGGCCAAACUUCUGCAGACAGUACAAGAGCAGGCUUGAUAUCCACGCGCUCGGCAUCACAGCCAUAGAAGUUCUGUGCACCAAAGCCUUGGCGCUUCGAACAGCUGGAGCUUCUGCUGGCGAGAUCCCCAGCUGCUGGUCCAGUCUCUUGGAUGCGUGGAAGCAGUAUCACGAGACGGUGAGCGACUGGUGGCAGGCAAUCUACACUGUCUUCAGUGCGGGUGGCGACUUCCGUCCAGUGCAUGCUUGGCUGGUGGAGAUUGCCGCGCCUGACAAGGUCGUUUCCCUUGUCGGAAAUAUGCGACAAGCCUUGAAAGACUGCGCAGACUGCAGCGACGAGGCUGUCGCGCAGCUCCUCCACGCCGUGGCUGCCGCAACGGACGAGGACUCCCAGCUCGAGCUUCUGGACAUCUGCAAGAUGGCCGGGGAAGAGAUUGAACGUCCUGUCGCGUCGGCGGGUCAGGCCCCAAUGACGGAGGCAAAGCAAGACCCUUCGUCGACCGCAGCAGCAGAUGUUGCGGCUGGCACGCAGGACUCGGCUACAGCUCAAGAAGAGAGUCGUGGCAAAGUGGCCAGGCCCGAGCAGUGUGCAAUCAACGGGAGCAAAAGCACAAAAGCGCUGCGGGUUAAGCUGGAGGAGGAGCAUGCCAGGCUGAGUGGCGACCUGCAGAAGUUGCAGUUGCACAGGCAACGUGUGCUUCUAGCGAGGAGCAUGCUAAGCCAGCUGCCCUGA